GAGAUGAAGGAUAAUAAUAAAGUAUAUAAAGGGGUUUGAAAAAUGGGGGAGGGUGGAGGCUAAGUUAGGGGAAAAGGAAUGAUUCUGCGGGGAACUAAAUUACGAUUUUUCAGGGAAGGACUCGGGAAGUCGGAAUUCUCAGGGAAGGACUCUCCGGCCAACUAUAAAUAGGCCCCGUUUUCCAGGCCCUAUAAUGCCGCAACCACCACUCGAAUUUCCUCUUUUCUUAUAUCAUUUCUCGAGUUCAUUCUCUAGGUUUUCGCCGACGGUAUUGGUACCGGGCUUCCGAUUCGAUUCGGGAUGACUAUCCUCAUUGGGCAGCAUGAUGUUGUCACAGGAUAUGAGGGGGAAAAGAAGAUGCAAGCAAACAGAGAGAAAGAAGUGGCGCAGCAUCACGAUGGCGGGUUUUCGGUGCCGGAGACCAACUCAUUUGGCCACACUUUUAGGAACUAUGAUGCUGAGAGUGCAAGGCAGGACGGAGUCGAGAACUUCUAUGGGACCAACCACAUCAACCAAACUUAUGACUUUGUGAAGAGGAUGAGAGAAGAGUAUGGGAAAUUGAACAGAGUGGAGAUGAGCAUUUGGGAGUGCUGUGAGCUCCUGAAUGAUGUGGUGGACGAGAGUGACCCCGACUUGGACGAGCCUCAGAUCGAGCAUCUCUUGCAGACCGCCGAGGCCAUUAGAAGGGACUACCCGGACGAGGAUUGGCUUCACUUGACUGGCCUCAUUCACGAUCUGGGGAAGGUUCUGCUUCAUUGGAGCUUCGGAGAGCUUCCUCAAUGGGCUGUUGUUGGUGACACAUUCCCAGUGGGCUGUGCCUUCGAUGAAUCAAUUGUUCAUCACAAGUACUUCAAAGAAAAUCCAGACUACAGUAACCCUGCAUACAACACAAGGUAUGGAGUUUACUCUGAACGAUGCGGACUAGAUAAAGUGAUGAUGUCAUGGGGCCACGAUGACUAUAUGUACCUGGUGGCUAAGGAAAACAAGACAACUCUGCCUUCAGCAGCUCUUUUCGUUAUAAGAUACCACUCCUUUUAUUCUCUGCAUCGGUCAGGAGCGUACCGGCACUUAAUGAAUGAGGAAGAUGAGGCAAACCUCAAAUGGCUCCAUAUAUUCAACAAAUAUGACCUCUACAGCAAGAGCAAAGUCCGAAUCGAUGUUGAGAAAGUCAAGCCUUAUUACCUCUCCCUUAUCGAGAAGUAUUUCCCUGCAAAGCUCAAGUGGUGAAGUCGGAAGAUACGAAAAGGUUAUGGUCAAUUAUCGGUCGAGGCAUCUUAGAGCAGAUCAUCAUCUGAGAUGAUAUAAAUAUAAUAAUUUGCUGUAUCUUCUUUUCUUAUUGGUAGCACCAUCUUUAUAUGUACAGAUCUUGUCGCUUUGCUAUCUAAAUCGAAUAACAGGGGUUGUAGCCUUUAUGUAUUGCUUUC